CACACACUUGUGCGUGCCUCAUCAUGUUAUCGUGUCAGCAUAUUAUUACGAAUGUGUGAUCAGUUUUCUUGAUAAGCAUUGAGAAAGUUCAUCACUCCGCAGACCAGAGAAUCUCGAUACAUUUUAAAACCGAAGAGUAUCAAAUGAGAGAUCGCUAUGAAUUGGGCAGUCUUUCUGCUUUGGGUAUUAGUGCCAUGUUCGGCUUUCUCGAUCGAGUUAUUCGUGGAAAACGUGAUCAACAAUCUACUGGCACCAAUACGUGGGAUUCAGAAAGCCGUGAGGUUCCUAGACGUAUCGACGAAGUUAACCCGGGAAGUCACGUACGCCGGCAAGGAGCCCAAGCUGAACGAGUACGACUUCAUCGUCGUCGGCAUGAGUCCUUCUGGGUGCGUAAUCGCCAACCGGUUGACUGAAGAACCCCGCACUACUGUCCUUUUACUGGAGGCUGGUCAGGAAGACAACGUCAUUACGGACAUCCCGGCUCUAAACCCGUAUAUUCUCAUUUCCGACUACAAUUGGGCCUUUUAUCCCGAAUUGGCCAAAGGUGUAUGUACAGCUAUGACCGGAGGCAUAUGCCCUUGGCCUUCUGGAAAGGGCCCUGGAGGCGGGACUAUCUUGAACGGCAUGAUUUAUACGAGGGGAAAUUUCAGGGAUUACGACAAUUGGGCUGCCGAAGGAAACCCAGGAUGGAGUUACAACGAAAUAAAGCACUAUUUUAAUAAAAUCGAGAGGAUGACCAUAAAGGAGCUCAGAAAUUCACCUUAUCACGGGAGAAACGGAUAUCUGUCCAUAUCCUACGUACCAUUCGUGUCACCGUUGCUGGAAGCUUUCUUGCAAGCAGGGGAAUUUUUCGGGUUCAGCCGUGUGGACUACAACAAUCCGAAUUCCCAUAUUGGGUUUUCUCAGAUCCAGUCGUCGACAAUCCUCGGGGAACGUGAAACGUCCGCAAGGGCUUACAUACAGCCGAUAAUAGGUCGUCCCAACCUCUUCAUCAGCUUGAGGAGCAGGGUGGCCAAGGUGUUGAUCGACUACGAGACGAAAAGGGCUUUCGGCGUCACUUACAUUAAAGAUGGAAAAUUACACGCGGCCUACGCUAAGAAAGAAGUGGUGCUAGCGGCUGGGGCUUUCAAUUCUCCUCAAUUGCUGAUGCUGAGCGGGAUCGGACACGCGGACCAUUUGGAAGAAAUUGGAAUUCCAGUUUUGAUGAAUCUUCCAGUUGGAGAUAAUCUUAUGGAACACGUAGGGAUGCACGCUCUUAGUUUUAUUUUGAAUAAAAACGUAUCUUUGCAACCUCUGCAGAUUUUCAGAGAUGCGAUUCCGAACGUGUUGGACUACUUCGUUAAAAGCAGAGGCUCCCUCACGACUCUCGGCUGCGAGGGUAUAUCCUACUUGAAAACCAAGUAUUCCAAUACGACGGAGGAUUACCCAGAUAUAGAACUGCUUUUCGUCGCUUCAUCGUUUAGUGAAGAUGCCGGGGUACUUUUGAGGAAAACCUUCGGCAUGAACGAUGAAACCUACGAUUACGUGUUCCGCGCUAUCGACGGUAAGUCGACGUUUUCCAUAUGGCCGAUGCUCCUUUAUCCACAGAGCAGAGGUUUCGUCCGUCUCAAGGAUAACAGCCCGUUCAGCAAAGUUAGAAUAUACCACAACUUCCUCACGGAAAGGAUCGACAGGCUCAUUCUCGUCGAAGCGAUCAAAAUGGCCAUAGUGCUUUCAACGUCGCCCUCUUUUCAGAAAUAUGGGGCCAAAUUGUGGGACAGACCGUUCCCACAGUGCGUCCAGUACGAUUUCGGCUCCGACGAAUACUGGGAAUGUGUCGUGACGGCUUUUCCCAGCCAGUGGCACCACCAAUCUGGCACCUGCAAGAUGGGAAAUGUGGUCAACCAUAGACUUAGGGUGUUCGGCACAGUCGGGCUUCGGGUCGCCGACGCCAGUAUCAUGCCCACCAUCACAGGAGGACACACCCAAGCCGUUGCAUACAUGAUCGGUGAAAAAGCGGCGGAUCUCAUCAAGGAAGACUGGCAACUGUCAAAAUAUUCAUAAUUGAGUUGUAGAAAAGUUACCAGUAGUAAUUAUUUUGUAGGGAACGUUUCUACCUCAUAAGAGUUCAACGAGAUGGAGAGAUCCACGCGGAAUGUUUUAGCUGUUAAAAAUUUUUAAACGGUUUUCAUGUGCUACUUAAAAACCUUUACUUAAAUUUUCAUCUUGCAUUUUCAUAGACAGACGUGCCAUUUAAAAAUUUAUAAACUAUUUAUAAAUUUUUAACAUUAGAACAAAACAGUUGUCCAGAAACAAGAUUUACAAAUAAAAAUCAAUCAGAAACUGCAAUGUUAAAAAAUUCUAAAACACUAUUUAAAUUGUUUUUGUUGAUUCACAAUCUGCACACUUACUUAAAGUGUUACUACUUAGUUACUUAAAUCUAUUGCAUUUAAUCAUGCACUUUUUAAUUUUUAUCGUUGCUCAAUAAUUUUAAUUUCCUAAUAACUUAGCUGUUUAUUUUACACGGAUUUUACUCAAACACUGAUCGAAAAAGUACAUUUUGUAAUUCUAAAAUCGAGUAAAAUUCCAAUUUAGGAUAGGUUGGUGAAGAUAACAUGUGAAAUGUUAUCAAGUCAUAUAUAUAAGUCAACCAUUUUGUACUGCUAUUGUAAA